ACGGAGCCCCACGAGAUCCAGCAGCCGCUGGUGGUCAUCGGCGUGGGGGUGGCGGGACUCAUCAUCAACCUGCUGGGGCUCUGCCUCUUCAACCACCACGGUGUUGGGGGCCACGGCCAUUCCCACGGCCACGGGCACUCGCACAGUGGCAGGCAGCACCCCCGCAGUGGCCCCAAGGCCGAGCAGCCGCCCGGGGACGGGGAGGCUGCGCUGCACCGGGAGGAGACCAGCACCUUAGUGGAGAACUGCAGCAGCUCCAACGGAGUCAGCCAGGAGAAGCUAGGUGAUAUGAAAGACGACAUGACUGACCUACAAGUGAAUGGGAAUGCUGGUCAUUAUCCUCUGGAUGUGGAGGAGGUUGAAGAAGACUCUAGCGCACAGCUUAACAUGCGUGGAGUUUUUCUGCAUGUUUUUGGAGAUGCCUUAGGUUCAGUAAUCGUGGUAGUGAAUGCCUUGCUCUUUUAUGGGUUGUGGAAUCCAUGCCCCAAAGAUGGGCCCUGCUUUAAUCCAUGCGUCAGUAAUCAUUGCAUGGAAAAUGCUACUUUAUCCCAAACACUUGGCAGAGCAAACGGGUCUGAGCAAGAGAGCAUUACAGUGGCUGGUCCAUGCUGGUUGCUAUAUUUAGAUCCCAUCCUUUGUUUGAUGAUGGUUUGUAUACUCCUUUACACAACUUACCCGUUACUUAGGGAGUCGGCCCUUAUACUUCUACAGACUGUUCCCAAACAAAUAGAUGUUCAUUCUUUGAACUCAAAAUUACGUACCCUUGAAGGAGUUGAAGCAGUCCAUGAAUUACACAUUUGGCAGCUAGCAGGCAGUAGGAUCAUUGGCACUGCUCACAUAAAGUGUCCUGACCCUUCCACAUACAUGAUGGUGGCAAAGCGCAUAAAAGAGAUCUUUCAUGACGAAGGGAUUCAUGCAACUACCAUUCAGCCUGAGUUUGCCAGCGUUGGCUCUGAAUCGGGGAGAGGGAAAUGUGAGUUUCCUUGCAGGACUCAGUGUGCUUUGAAGCAGUGUUGCGGAACAGGAGAAGAUAGUACUGCAAAGAAGACAGAAAAAUCUUCGUCAGUUAGUAUUUCUUGUUCAGAAGUUGUCACUGAAUUUCCGAAAACUAGGAGGACUAAGUCGGAGAGCAUCCCUUCAGUUAAGCUAGAGGCAAACACCGAUCAAAAUGAGCAGUUUGAAUCAUCUUUGUAACUCCCCGAAUGGUGCUACCUGAGUUUUGGUGACUUUGACAACAGCUAUAUUGCAAGAGGAAGAGACAGAUGUUUGAGAUGCAAUUUUGCCAAGUAGUGUAAUUGCUGAAGUCCUCGUUCUUGUCAUACUGCUAAAUCUAGAAUGCUUGUUUUAAAGAACAUAAUGUCACUAUCAUGAUACAAUGUGUUUGUGUUGACUUUGUACUGAGACAGAAAGUGCACCAAUGCUGUAACAACUUCAGAAAACCAGUUUCAACAUUUCAGCGGAGACACUUAUUGCUGUGCUUCACAUUAAAAUAUUUUUUCCAGUGAAAAGGUAUUUGAGGGAUAAGCAUGUAGGAACUCAAUUUGUGUUACAUAUAUCUUGGACCUACUCUUUCAUUUAAUAUUUGAUUUGUUGUAGAUAUUUUAAUAUAUUGUUUAUUUAGAAGCCCUAAGGAAACCAAAGUUCAUAAAACGUUUUUAAAGAUAUAACUACUUAAAACUGGAAACCACUUUGCAGUUUCACAUAUUUUUCUUAAAUCUAUAUAAUAAUAAAUGUGAAGACUUUUCUAUUGAAUUUAUCAUAUAGCGUAUUUUAAAGAGAACAUCGUGAUUGUUAGAAGCUGUCCCCACUUUUUCUGGUAAGGUAGCGAGGUAAUUAAAAUCAACUGCUUGUGAAAAUAUCAGAUAUGAAAGGGUUUUUUUCUAUCAGAAUAGAAGUUCAAGCUACUG